GCGGAGAACAAGCCGCUGGCGAAAGAGAGUGGAGACAGAGAGAGGGAGAGAGGAGGGAGAGAGGAGGGGUAGCCUAUUAGUGAACCAGGUCUCAGAUUCAACCGUAUCAGCAUUUGGCCACUGCAUGUACGGGUAUCAAGUGAAGGAGGGGUUAUUUUUAUAGCAGACGCGGCAGACUCAUCAGCAUCUCUGAACACAGAGUCCGUGAUAUUGAACUGUAUCAGGAGUCGCAUUGGCAAAGGACAGCUCAAGGGUUCUGUAGGCUACUGUUACAAGAGGUCUUCCUUGUAAAAGAGUAAGAGUGGCCAUCGAAACGGACACGUCUGAAUUUGGAGAAAGCCUGGAGACACUGCCCCUGGACUCCCCUGGAAGAGCCUGACGGAAGAGCCGAUUGACUGAGCCACCACACUUCCCAUCCACACAGGCCUUAGGGUCCUGCAGACUCUCAAACUAGCCACAGUAGAGUUACAUAAACACUGCUUCUGAUUGGCUGUCUUAAUAGAAACUCCCUGCCCCCUCCCUAUUUGACCCCUCCAUUGUAGAGAACUGAUUCGCGCCUGGUAGGGAAGACGGGUGGGGUGCUUCCGAAAAAGCGCGAGGCGGCCCAUCUACCCGGCUCAGGGCACACCGGCACCCCCUGGUGCUUUCUCGACAGACCGGCACGGGAGGCCAGCCAUCGCUGCUCGGUGAAGGGGCCCAGGAUGUCUGCCAAGGCCCCCAUUUAUUUGAAGAGGGGCAGCCGCAAGGGCAAGAAGGAGAAGCUGCGGGACAUCCUGUCAUCGGACAUGAUCAGCCCCCCACUGGGGGACUUCCGGCACACCAUCCAUAUCGGGAGCGGGGGUGGGGAGAACGACCUCUUUGGAGACCUGUCCUUCCUGCAGGGGCGGUUCCACCUGCUGCCAGGGCGGCAGCGCUCCAGCCAGUGCGGAGAGCCGUUCCAGUUCACCCGCACGGCCAGCGUGUGUGGCCACCCGCCCACCUCCGAGAGCUCGCCCCUGCUGAAGAACGCCAUCUCCCUGCCUGUCAUUGGCGGUGUGCAGGCCAUCACGCUGCCUGGCUCCACCCCCACCACUGCUACAGGCCCCGCCCCUGACCAAGCAGCUACCCUGCCCUUGACACAAGCCCCUCCCCCCAAGCCUCCCAGGCUGCACCUGGAUGACAAGGCCGUGCCCCUCCCCCGGGAAGCCCUCGCCCCCUCGGCCCUCACCCCGCCCUCCUCGGGGGCAUCGCCAGAGACUGAGCACCGCCCCCAGGACCCAGAGGAGCGGCCCUACCUGUCCCAUGCUGGCUCCCUGCUCUCUCUGCACUUGGACCUGGGGCCUUCCAUCCUGGAUGAUGUGCUCCAGAUCAUGGACAAGCACCGUGUAGGCAGUAUGGGCGGGGCCUGUGUGCACGGUGGCCGGCAGGAGAUCUUUACCUGAGGACCUGCCCACCACCUGAGUCACAUGACCACUCCCUCCUCCACUCUUCCUGUUUUGCUGCCAUUGGCUUCUUGGGAAUCUCCUUGCUUCUAACACUGAGCCUGGCAGGAACUGAUGGAUUGGUUGUAGAGCACUUGUUCUAGGCUGUUUUCUGAAUGUUUUUCCUUUUCCCUUUUGUAAUUUUUGUCAAAAUUUCUUUUUCAGAUAAGUCUUGAAAUAGUUUGGUGCGGUUUUCACUGAGUAAGAGACACACAAGUGCUGAGUUUCUUUGCUUCCUGAGAAGUCAAGUAUCUGUCCUGGGGAUUAUAGGUCAUAUCGUUCAUCUCCUUAGGAUCCUAUAUGCAGCCUAGCCAGAGAGAAGGACAACGGGCCUCACCUCCAAGGUGAUAUUGAUGCACUCACUGGCUCACAUUUGAAAGGGAAUGUUGAGCCGCUCGGCUCCCUCUGUCCUGAGGCGCCUGCAGAUGACAUCAUCGCUAAGGCUUGGAAUCUGACCCCAUCAUUUAGGAGGCCUUUUUCGUACUGUAGCUUGUCUUAUAGUCUUUUGAAAUUCUUUCCAAAGAAAGCACUGGAUUUUAAAAGGAGCCCCCCCCCCUUGGUUCUGCACUCUGAUGAGGGUGAGGUCAGCGUUUCUGCCAAGCAGGGAGUGGGGGGGGAAUCGAUCUCCUGACACCACCCCGAUGCCUCCCUGUGAGAGCACCUUCACUGGGCUCUCGCUGGGGGGCAGGGGGGCUUUACUUCAUCCCUCUGAACUGUUCUCAUGCGCUGCGUCAGACAAAAAGAACCAAAAUCUUUUAACUCCCUUGUGAGUUUCUCUUCCCGAAAUAUGGGCAGCCCAUCGAUAUCGUAUCACAGCAGUAAGAUGAGAGAAGCUCUGCUCGAUAGAAAAACCCUCAGUUUCAAAGGACUGCCAUGUCGGCAACGUGUUUGAUCAGGGGUGCAGAUACCAAGCAGCGGGGGAUGCCUGGGGGAUGGGGGGAGCAGUUUGGCUGAAGUGAGCCGCAUUUGGGUCUUUGGCUUUGGCUUUUUGAUCCCUGGGUUUUGUUGAUGCUGCGCCUUAUCUACAGUCCUGGAGAGCUUGGGGUGGGGCACAAGGCUUUAGUCCACCCUGAUUACCAUGGGAACAGAAGACAUAUGCCCAUGUUGUCACAUGACUGACUGCAGUGGCACUGCCCUGCUCAAGUAAGAGGCAUAGAUAUAGAGAGUCUCUGUCGGACUAUAUCUGUAAAUUUGUAGUUUUUUUUCUUCUUCUUGCAGCUUUUUAAUUGACAUGAAUGCGGAUGUUAGUUACUUUUAAGUGAAUUUGUGCAAAGCAGCAAUAAAGAUAAUUGUUUAUUACAGCAGCACUGAUAAAGGUUUGAAUAGAAGUUGCAACUUUGUAGAGCCACUGAAGUCAAUCAACUGUAAGGGUCCAACAUAGGAGAUUUGUGAGAAUGUCCAGGACUCCUCGUUAAGCCCUGGCCUGUGUUUCCACAUUAAUAAAGAGUGUAGCCAA